UGCUCCUCCGCGCCGCUCCGCCGGUGCGGGCCGGCGGUUCAAAGGGGGCCUGCGGCGGCGCGGCUGAGGCGCCCUGGGGCUGCCUGCGCGCAAUUCCCGCCUAGCGGCUCUCGGCCGCCCGGCGCAGGCGAAGCGGUGGGCAGGCCUCGGUGCCGCCGGCGCGGGCAGGCGGCGGGCGGCGAUGCGAAGCCGGCCGGGGCGCUUCGUGGACCUGCGGCUGAAGCAGCGCGUUAAGCAGUAUCUUGCAAGUAGUAAAUGUGGCCAGUAUGUUGACAUUGGAAUCCUAGCAUCUGAUUUGCAGAAAACCUACAGUGCAGACUAUGGACGAAGAAAACGAAAUGCUUUUAGAAUACAAGUUGAAAAAGUGUUUGGAAUAAUCAGUAAUGAAAAAGAACGUGAAGAUUUAGCAGGUUUAGAAGCCGAACAUGUGGCAAAAAGAGCAAGACAGCAAGAGAAAAAUGAGACUUCAGGAAGUGCCACAGAUGACUCUGAUUAUGAUGAUUAUCCAGAAGAUCUAUCUACAAAUCACAUGAACAGUUCCCUGCUGAGCUUAUACAAGAAAGGAAAUCCGGAUUCUGUUCCAACCACUCCAAAAAAUGAACCAAUGGAAACCCCCCCUCCUGUACGAACAGCACCCCAAGCAAGCACCCUCUCAUCAGGAGCAAGAGUUGAAACACGUAUCUCUGAGGGUGGCUGGUUCAUUGAUAAAACUCCAUGUGGAAAAGACUUCUUCAUUGACCUUUCUGAGGAUGGAGAAGGAGAUGAAAAGAAACUGAUUUCUGAGAAAUCAACAGAAGUGUCUGCCUUGGAGAGUGAAAGAAAGAAGACAAAGGGUAAGAGAACAAAAAGAAAAAAAGAAGAACUUCCAGAUGUAGAUGAAGAGAUUAAUUCCAUCUUGCUUAAAGAGAAAGUUAGAAGUAAGGCACCAGAGCUUUACCACCCUUCGGUGAAGUUUGAGGAUGUAGGAGGCAACGAUGGAACUUUAAAGGAAAUAUGCAAGAUGCUCAUUCAUGUCCGUCACCCUGAAGUCUAUAAGCACUUAGGUGUGGUUCCGCCUCGGGGUUUUCUUUUACAUGGACCACCAGGAUGUGGAAAGACACUACUUGCACAGGCAAUUGCUGGGGAACUUGAGCUCCCGAUGCUGAAAGUUGCAGCAACAGAGGUGGUGUCUGGAGUGUCAGGGGAGUCUGAGCAGAAACUGAGAGAACUGUUUGAGCAGGCUGUGUCCAGUGCACCGUGUGUCCUUUUCAUUGAUGAGAUUGAUGCCAUCACCCCAAAAAGAGAAGUUGCAUCAAAGGACAUGGAGCGGAGAAUUGUUGCUCAGUUCCUGACUUGUAUGGAUGAUUUGAAUAACGUGGCUGCCACUACCCAGGUCCUUGUUAUCGGAGCAACCAACAGACCUGACUCACUGGACCCUGCACUGAGGCGAGCUGGGAGGUUUGAUCGGGAAAUUCGUUUAGGGAUCCCAGAUGAAGCAGCAAGAGAAAAAAUUCUUCGGACUUUGUGUCGAAAACUGAAGCUCCCAGAAUCCUUUGAAUUUCGUCACUUAGCACAUCUGACUCCAGGUUAUGUAGGUGCUGAUCUGAUGGCACUUUGUCGUGAGGCAGCUUUGUGCACAGUGAACAGGGUCCUGAUAAAAUCUGAGCAGCAGGAAAAGAAACAUAUACACACUGGAGGAAAUUCAGCUGAAGAAAGCAUGGGAAUAGGAACAGACAUCCUGGUGGAAGAGGAUGCCAAACAACUAGAACUACCUCCUAAGGAUGAAUUGCAGAGGCUUUUGGAUUUACUGAAGAAGCAAGACCCCUUGCCUGAGGAGCAGCUGCAGAAGCUGUGCAUUGAGAUGAAUGAUUUUAUUGUUGCACUGUCAUCUGUGCAACCCUCUGCCAAGAGAGAAGGCUUUGUCACAAUUCCUGAUGUGACAUGGGCAGAUAUCGGAGCCCUGGAGGAUGUUCGGGAGGAGCUGACUAUGGCAAUAUUGGCACCUGUGCGAAACCCAGAGCAGUUUAAAGCUCUGGGCCUCACUACUCCAGCUGGUGUCCUCCUUGCAGGGCCUCCUGGAUGUGGCAAAACGCUGUUAGCUAAGGCUGUGGCAAAUGAGUCUGGACUGAACUUUAUAUCUGUGAAAGGUCCUGAACUGCUAAAUAUGUAUGUUGGUGAAAGCGAACGUGCUGUCCGUCAGGUAUUCCAGCGUGCCAGGAAUUCAGCCCCGUGUGUUAUAUUCUUUGAUGAAGUUGAUGCUUUGUGCCCUCGGAGGUCUGACCGUGAAUCAGGAGCCAGUGUCCGAGUAGUCAACCAGUUACUCACGGAGAUGGAUGGUCUGGAGAAUCGUCAGCAGGUUUUCAUUAUGGCUGCCACAAACAGGCCAGAUAUAAUUGACCCAGCUAUCCUGCGCCCAGGUCGACUGGAUAAAACACUGUAUGUGGGUUUGCCACCACCUGAAGAUCGACUUGCUAUUUUAAAGACCAUCACCAAAGAUGGCACCCGACCUCCACUGGAUACUGAUGUAAGCCUUGAAGAAAUAGCUUACAGUCAACAUUGUGAUUGUUAUACAGGAGCAGACCUUUCCGCUCUAGUGCGUGAGGCUUCAGUUUGUGCCUUAAGACAGGAAAUGGCCCUGCAGAAUACUCAAAUCAAGAAAGAAAUCAAGGCAAACUAUGUAAAAAAGUGAGACAACAAGGUAUAGAUUACUGACAGCUGAAUUCUCCAUGGGAUCAAGCCUUGUGCCUGUUUUUAUCACACAAUAAGCAUGAAGUAGCCUAACUUACUUUCAGUAAGAGGUAAAACUACUUUACCUAGCAGUAGAUAAAAGCGUGUUUAUGCCUAGCCAUAGCUACCAGCAGUUUCACCUUGACCUUUUCUGAUAACUAUGUCCUUACUGAUACCGAUCGUCCUAGUUGCUGAAUGCUGUUUAUUCCUUUCCUCUCUCCCUAUAGCUGAGGCUGUAUCUUGUUUCACAAUUUGAUUAAAGAGUUACAGGCUUAAAAACAAAACUGAAAGCAGAAUUAAAUUCUCAUAGCUUCAUUUUAUUAUUUUUGGAGUUUUGAUGACUCAACCUUAAAGUAAUUUGGCUUCUGUGAAAGACCCACAUUGAACUUUCUUACUGUAAGUAGGGUUUCCUUAGAAAAAUAAGUUGAAAUGAUGGUAUUUUUAGUCUACACCUUUAUACUGGUAUAACAUCAUACGGUAAUGGGAAUCUUGAAUAAGAGCUUCAGAGAGCUAAGAUAAGAAAGAGCAGUUAAGGACAUGUGUUUAGUUCAAUGAACUUUAACCCUCAUCUUUACUUUUCAAGCAGGUAGUCAUAAUUGUAGACUAUUUGCUGUUCUGUUUUAUACCUUAAAUAAGCUCUUAUUUAAUUUAGUGCUUUCCAUUCACUACAUAGUUUUUGUUAUAUCAGCAGAUUGUUCUAACUCAGACAAAUACAUUAAUGAGGAGUCCUGACAGUUUUUUCAUGUCAGCACACCCCACUUCACAUUACAAAGGUAGCAACAGUACACAUCUGUGCAAACAAAAUCAUCGUAAUGAAAUGCAUUUAAAAUUCACCAGGUUGACUAAAGACAUACUUUUUGUACCUUUAUCACAUCUAAUAUCUGGGUAUAAUAUUAGGAUUGCAAUGAAUCAGUAUGGUAAUGGUAUCUUGGGAUUCUUAAGUCUAAACAAGGCUCUUGCAUGGGAGAGCAGAAGAUUCUGUAAUUUGAGGUGUGCAUAUGUCUUAGCAUACUAAAAAAAACCAACCCCAAAAACCUGUUCAGAAGGUUAUGAUUAGGAAUAAUUAAUGCAGCAAUCCACAGUAAGGUCAAAAAGGCAACUUGCAUAAACUUAAACACAGUUGUAGAACUGAAAGCUUGCAUCACUUCUGGGUAAUGCCAGGCAGUACUAUAAAGUCAAUUAUUAAGGAAUUGAGCAUCCUGUAGUAAAGCUGGAAUGAUAAAAUAUUUUCUAGGUACUUACUCACUAGCACUCUAUAUUGAAGUUUAAUAAUAAAUAUGUAUAGAAAAUAGACCCCAGAACUGAAAGCAGCAGGAUUUGAGGCACUCACUUCCAGAAGGGCUGAGGAACUUGAAUUCUAACUGGAUUUGAUGCAAGCUGCAGUUAAGUCAGAUCUUUAAAAAUGAAACUCUCAGUCUGCAGGUAAAAACUUAGGUAAAUACCUAACAACUUUCUGAAACAAACAUUCUUUGGCUUAAGGUGCAGGGACUAGAGGGAUUAAGAUCUUGUCUAAAAUCUUAAACAGGAGGCUACGAGUUCAGGUGGUCUUAACAUUGCUGAAUUUGAUCUCAUCCAACUGACUAGCACAUGCAGUUGGCUAGGUUCCAGGAAUGCUGCCUUGAAAUGCACACAACAACAGCUUGAUUGUCACUUGGCUGCAGUUUUAACACAUUAUUAUGCUCUGUUCUCUAAGGAGAAAUCAAGAUUUCCCAUAAACACUUUGAGGAAGCUUUUAAGAAAGUGAAAUCUUCAGUAUCAAAAAAGGUAAGAUAAGCUUUAGGUAUGCAGGACUCCUUACUCCUCUGGGAAGGAUACUCUUUAUGCUGGAACCUGGUGGGAAUAGUAAAGGUUGCAGUAUACUUGCAUGUAUUUCAAACUGACACUACCUGUUUCCUGCGUUAAACAAACCUAAUGCUCUUUAUAAGGUCAGAAAUUGAAGUCUCUCCUUUCAGCUGCAGAUGAUGCCUUGCAUGUAGCUAGAUUACCGUGCUAUCGAGGUUAUAUUUUAGUAUGGCACCUUGGACUUCUCACGGACAUUCCUGGAUUAAUUAUUGAACUGGACCUAACCUCUUAGCUGUGGAAUAUUCACCUAAAAGCCAAGGCCUUUAGAGUGCUCCACAUCUUGCUAUCACCUUUUUCCUCCCUAGAUGAAUGUGACACCCAAAGAUGCUCAGUCAUUUUUGUUACUGUGCAAAAAAUCAUUUUGAGAUAGGACAUAAAAGAUGAAUGGGUUAUCAGUCUUUUCAUUGUUUGCAUUUGUCAAGGAAGUUUGUUUUAAAAGUUUCCUUAUGACCUGUUCUUUUCAAUGACUGAAAGGAAAGCUGUUCAAUCAUCUCUGUUACCAGAACUGAGAAGUUAAUAUAUAUAGAAAUUGUUACUGCUGUAGAGCUCUCCUGGAUAGGUCUCUCUGUUGCCAGGAGUGUACUGCAGCCAAAAUAAACUAGUACAGUCACUUUGAACACUGGCAAGAGAGAAGUUAAACUAGUUAACACUUUCCUUUCAUUGUUAUUGUAUAUUGAUGGUCAUUAACCUUUUCUGAAAGUUAGAAGUGAUCUUUGGCACCAAGGCCCUUUAAAGAUGGUACUUGUAGUUUUCUUCCCCUUUGCUAAUCACUAAGCAAACAGCUAAAAAGAAACAGCCACAAAAACUUAGAGAUGUUUUAACUUAAUGAUCACUUAGGACAUAUUCCUUCUGAUUAAAAAUCAACCAGAAAUACAAUUCUGCAUCUCAAAGGCAGCUUAAAUAUCCCAUCUCAGAGACCUAUAUUUCAGAUACAGCCAUCUGAAGAAUCUUCAGUUAGAUAUUUUGAAGUACAGUAUACUCAUCUGCCAUUUACAGAUGCUACUUCCUACCUGCUAGACAGAUUCAGUCUGACAAAAACUCCCCCUCCAUACCUUCCUAUGAAUACUGGAAGGUAAAAGCUGCAUCUCACCAAUUUAGUGCUUCUAACUCUUCUUUUCCCUCCUGUACAUAUCUGAGUUCUGUUAGCAUGCUUUUGGUUUCCCCAGUUGACUCAAAUAAAAAUAGGUUGUUCUUAAAGCUAUGGACAGGCAUCCCAUUCUGAAGUCAGUUAUUUCAGUGCAAGUUAACAUCUUUUAAGUAUUCUGUUACUCACAAUUGUCAUUUAAAGUGCCUAUUGAAAAGUAUGAAGGAACAGUUAAGUUAGAUUAUCAAAAGAAGAUCCUCUCAGUUCACUUUGGCAAAACUAAAUUAGGAAGUAAAGUGUCAAUUCAGCAGCUCCCCAGAAAAGAAGCAGUAUCUUAGUGAAGCUGUAAUUCUGAACCUAACAUGGCAAUAUUAAGUAUAAGAGCUCUUGCCAAAGGGAUCUAUUAAUUACACAUCACUGGUGACUGUCACUGGAGAACCUCACUCAUGAGGCAGGGUAGUGGGGUUUUGUCAUAUUUAGGUUUUUGUUUGCAAGUGUUUUAAAAUACAGCUAAGUGGGUCAUACAGCUGGUUUGUUUCACUGUAAAUAGCACAUAUAAAGUCACUUUUAUACAGUGCAUGAUUUUUUACCGUUGUCUAAAGCUUAUUUUUCUUCUUGGCACUGUUAGGAUCAACUCAUGUAUGAAGAACUACGUCAGUCACUGUGCAGGUGAUACAUUUGGACAAUCCCCAAGAAGCUUACUCUGCACUGGUGGAGAGCUUGGCAAUACCUGUGCCUGAUUUCAAGAGACAGGUUGGAAAGAAACUGUGCUAGAUCUCUCUGAAGUUUUUAAACUGUACCUGGAAAAAGGUCCCAAUGACCUACUGCUCUAAACCAUCUUUAACUAUUUCCAGAUUAAAAAAUAGAACAC